AUGACGACAACCACCACAACACAAAAGGACAACCACAACAAGAGCAACCAACACCACAAGACUGAAAUAAAUACUAAAUUCGUAGCAGGACAGACAGACAAAAAGACGACACCAUCCAUUAUUAUGCAAUGCCACUACGAAGUGUUGGGAGUGGACCAAGAUGCGGAUUCUUCCACAAUCAAAAAGGCACAUCGCAAGUUGGCCAUUAAAUUACAUCCGGACAAGAACUUGAACAACCCGGAUGCCGUGGAGCAAUUUCGUUUGGUCCAAGAAGCGUACGAAUGUUUGUCGGAUCCUUCCGAACGCAAAUGGUAUGACGAACACCGCGAUGCUCUACUAAAAGGAUGGUCCCCAUCUGGCGGUGACAAUGGCGAUCAUUCGGAAAUGCUGUUUGACGUCAUUCCGUUUAUGCAUGCGCAUUGUUACACCGGUUAUGCCGAGGAUGACCAGAGUUUCUACACCAUUUAUGGACACGUCUUUGCCAGUAUUUCCAAAGAAGAAGCCGAUGCUGUCGAGAGCAAUACUAGUAAUAACAAUACACACCAGCUGCCCCACGAAUUUGGAAAUUCAAAAACCGACUUGUCAAGUGUGGCCUCCUUUUAUCAAUUGUGGGAAGGAUUUGUUUCCCAACAAACGUUUGCGUGGGCCGACCAAUACGAUGUCAAUGAGGCCGAAAAUCGAAGAAUUCGACGGGCCAUGGAAGACGAAAACAAAAAGGCUCGCAAGACGGCACGAAAAGCCCGCAAUGAUGAUAUACUUGCGUUGGUGAAAUUUGUCAAACGACGAGAUCCUCGUAUGAAACAACUCAAACAACAGCAAGAAGAGAAAAAGGCACUCCAACUGGCAGAGAAAAAACUGGUCGACCAACAAAAGAAACAAGACCAACAAGUGGCACGCGACAAAUGGCGACAACAAGCCGAUCAAGAUAUGGCACACACGGAAGAAAUGGAUCGAUUGGCGGGACGAGUACGACUGGCCGAUUUGGAAGAUGAUUAUGAUUACGGUGGUGGCAAGAAGAAGAAAAAGGGAAAAAAGAAAAAGGGGCGCAAUCAACAACAGCAACAACAAGAAGAGGAGGAGGAAUUCAAUGACGACGGGGAAACUGGAGAAAACGCGGAAACAGCAGCAGCACAAAUAGUACUGGAUGAUACAACCAAUGACACACAAAAUAAUGAGGACGACAAACCUGCCCUUGUGGAUCAGGGAGAAGGAGAUCCAGACGAGACACUGUCAAAACCAAUAUCAACAGAACUCGAUGAAACAGAGCCAGAAGAGCAAUUUGAUUCGUCUUCCGAGGAGGAAGAGGAGGAAGAGGAACCAGACUUUUGGAGGUGUGAUUGCUGUAAGAAGGACUUUAAGAGUCAAGGACAGAUGGACAAUCACAUGAAGAGCAAAAAACACAAGGAAGCUUACAAAAAGUAUCUCAAGAAAAUGGGGCAGAACUAA